AAAGAACUUCUCUCCUUCUCUCUCUCUGUGUGGCCUCCGACAGAGAGUCUCUUUGUUCUUGGCUUUGCUCUUCCUCUACAUGAGUUGAGUUUUCUUUCGAGACGACCUUAUAUGCUGUUAUUCCAAUCGUAUUCUGAUUUUGUAUAAUGGGUGGACGUUCGAUUGAUGCCCGGCAACUUCCCUUUUCUAAUGAUGCUCGCACUAUGGUCUUAGUUGGACGCACUGGUAAUGGAAAAAGUGCAACAGGCAACAGCAUUCUUGGCAAAAAAGCCUUCAAUUCCAGGCGUAGCUCUAGUGGUGUCACGACCGCUGCUGAAUUGAAGACUGCUAUCUUGGGAGAUGGACAACAAAUUAAUGUUAUAGACACUCCUGGUCUUUUUGAUAAUUCUGCCAAAUCAGACUUUAUUAGCAAAGAAAUUGCCCAGUGCAUUAAAUUGGCCGAGGAUGGGAUCCAUGCUGUUCUUGUGGUUCUCUCAACUAGAACUCGCUUUACAAAAGAAGAGCAGUCUGCAAUCUGUAGCUUGGAAAAUCUAUUUGGAAGUAAAAUCUUUGACUAUAUGAUUGUUGUCUUUACGGGAGGAGAUGAGUUGGAAGAAGAUGAGACUUUGGAAGAUUAUUUGGGCCGUGAUUGCCCGAAGCCUUUGAAGGAAAUCCUUGGUCUGUGUGGAAAUCGACAUGUGCUUUUUGAUAACAAGACUAAGGAUGAAAGCAAGAGGGUCGAACAAGUGCAGGGCCUUCUCUCGCUUGUAAACUCGGUUAUAGCACAGAAUGGUGGGCGGCCAUACACAGAUGAGAUAUUUGCUGAAGCGAAGAAAGGGGCUAUGAAACUUCGUGAUCAACAAGAAGAGGUUGCUUCGAAGAUGUAUUCAAAACAAGAAAUAAAUCGUUUGAAUGAGCAGAUGCAGCGUCAAUAUGAUCAGCAGCUUAAACAAAUUACUGAGAUGCUUGAGUUAAAGAUGAGAGUGAACACCAUGACGCUUGAACAAAAGUUAGAAGAUGAACAUGCUGCACGGCUAAGAGCAGAAAAGAUUGCCCAAGAGGCUCAACAAAGGUCUGCGGAUGAGAUUCGAAAGCUUAGUGACGAUCUACAAGAAGAGAAGAAGAAAAGAGUCGGAAGUGGUGGAGGCAGCACAAGCGGCGGAAGCGGCACCAGCGGUGGAGGCAGCACAAGCGGCGGAAGCGGCAAAGGCGGUUGUCUUAUUCUUUAAUGUAAUGAUUGAUAGGCUAUGUGGUAAGGAGAUCUGGAGUUUGCGGCAACUGGUUGCGACGUCUGGUUGGUAAUGGCUAUGGUAUCCUGUGUAAAUAUGAAAGAUGUUGGUUCACAGUUGGAAGUUUAAUGUCUAAACUCUUCAACUAUAUGGGAAUAAUGUUGUAAGUA